AUGGCAAAAGUUCACAUAACCAACGUAGUAGUAUUAGACAAUCCGAGUCCGUUUCUCAAUCCUUUCCAAUUCGAGUUAACCUUUGAAUGCAUCGAGGAAUUGAAGGAGGAUCUCGAAUGGAAGAUGAUUUACGUCGGAUCAGCGGAAACUGAAGAGCACGACCAAGUUUUGGACACGAUAUACGUCGGCCCAAUACCAGAAGGAAGGCAUAUGUUUGUUUUCCAAGCGCCACCACCCGACGUGAAUAGAAUACCAGAAAACGACGCGCUAGGUGUUACGGUCGUGCUAUUAACGUGCUCCUACCGCGGCCAGGAGUUCGUGAGGGUUGGUUAUUUCAUCAACAACGAAUACAGUGACAGCGAGCCCGAAUUACGCGAAAACCCGCCAGCGAAGCCCCAGUUUGACAAAGUAGUGAGAAAUAUCCUCGCAUCUGAACCAAGAGUGACUAGAUUUAAGAUUAAUUGGGCUGAACCGGACGCAGCGGCUACUGUAGACUCGGGAGACGGUAAUUUAGAGACUAGUCAUGCCCCCAGUAAUGACUCGUACGCCUUUAACGCUGAUAGCCAGAUCAGUGGGAUGGAAUUCCAAGGCAGCUUUAGUGGUUACGGCGAUAAUUCAAACUCAAUAGCUCCUAUGGAAUGCUAA